AGGGGCAAAAAAAAAAGGUAAAAAGAAAAGGAAAAAGAAAAAUCUACGGAUGGGUGACUGAGAAGAUGCGAGAGGGGAGACGAGGGAACGGCCGAUUGGGAGAAAGAAAGAGUGCAGUCUAACGGUUUUGCAUUUCCAGGAAUUCGGUGGAAAAAUGGGGAUUGUAUCGGAGAGCUCGAUCUCAUCGCAGUCACUCCUCUCUCUACCCUUCUUCUCUUCCGGGUCCUCCCCUUCUCUCUUGCCGUGUUCUCAUCGAAAGGUUGCGAAGAAGAAAGUAGUGGUGGCCAUGGCCUCGUCUCAGGGCGAUAACGGCGGUUCCUCUAAUAGGAGAACUUUUCUUUUGGUGGGUCUAUCGGUUCUUCCCCUCCUGCCGCUUAGAGCGAUAGCCGUGGAAGAUCUGGCAAUAGGAAAUCAAGACAUGCAGCAUCAGGCACUAGCAAAUUUCCAUAAACAUGGACGUGGGAGUCAGAUUUGGCCGCGUAUCCAAGCAUUUGAUUUGGCGAGAGUAAAAAGACAAGAUAAGGGGAUAUAUAAAAAAGAUAUAGUAAACCCAGAAGUACAAGCUCUUAAAGAAGCAGAGAAGGAAAUUUCAUCCAAGGAGCCUAACAAGCCAGAGGUGCAAAAGCUUACAGGACCAGAGCAGGAAGUUUCAUCCCAAGAGCCUAACACCCUAAUGUUGCAAUCUCUUAAAACACCAGAGCAGGAAGUUUCAUCCCAAGAGCCUAACACCCUAAUGUUGCAAUCUCUUACAACACCAGAGCAGGAAAUCUCAUCCCAAGAGCCUAACCCAACAGAGCAGCAAGUACAUCUCCAGAAUGCACCUGGUAGUUCAUUUGUAUCUCUCCUGAAUGGUCUUGGAAUAGUUGGGUCUGGGGUUCUCGGUGCAUUAUAUGCAACAUCUCAGAAGGAAAAGACAGCCAUGGAUUCGACCUUCGAAUCUAUGAAGACAAAGCUGAGUGAAAAUGAAGCAAUGAUAUCUUCACUGAAGGAAAACUUUGGGAAAAGGCUACUGAAGGAACAAGAAGAACGAAAGAAACAAGUCACAAGGUUUAAGGAGGAGGAAGCCUCUCUUGUAAAUCAACUAGCUUCUGCAAAUGGAACCAUAGCAGGUUUGCGUCAAGAAGUACAAAGUGAAAAACAACUAGCUGAGGAUCUUAAAGCACAAAUAGGUCAACUUGAGAGUAGUAUCACGCAAACUGGGGCAGAUAAGAAGAUACUUGAAGCCAAAUUUAAAGAAAAGAUGGAUAUAAUUGAUGUUUUGCAGGAUAAAAUAAGCCUGAUUAGCUUGGAGAUAAAUGAUAAGGAAAAGAGCAUAGAAGAUCUCAAAUUAUCACUCGCUGAAAAGGAAUCAGAAUAUAAGAAUGUGGGCUCUAUGAUCAAUCAGACCAAAGAGGAUCUUGCACAUGCAAAUUCCACCAUUGAACAGUUGAAAGAGGAGAUCUUCAAAACUGGAGAAGAAUUAACGUCAAAGAUAUCUUUAAUUGAUUCAUUGAAUGGAAAAAAUCAGUCAUUACAGGCAGAAAAAAAUAACUAUCAAAGAAAAUUUGAUGAUCUUAUCAAAGAGUAUAAUGAUUUCAAGUCCACUUGUGAGAAAAAAGCAGCCCUUGAUUCCAAACUCUUAUCUAAGAAAGAUGAACAGCUUCAUCAGCUUGAAGAAAAGCUUAAUCUUGUAUUGGAGGAAGCUAGCAACAACCAAUCGAUGAUCACUGAGUUGUCAAAAGAACGUGAUGAUGUAAAAGCAUCUCUAGAAAGAGAAGUAAACAGUAUGAAAAAAUUGAAGGACGAGUUUCGAAUAACCCAAGACACAUUGGAAGCAUCAAGACUUGAGGCUUCUAAUCUGACCAAGGAACUAGAAGUGGCCAAAAAAUCGUAUGAGGAACUUGUAUCUAAGGUUUCAAAUAUUCAGGAUGAAUUUCAUGAAUCAAGGAAACUAUUAGUCAAUGACCUGGAUGAGGCAAAGUCUACAUCAAAAUUACUUUCUGAUGAACUAGUCUCGAUCAAAGAGGUCCUUAAGAGAUCAGAAGAAGAGUGCAAUGCCAAAUCUGGUGAAUUGAAUGCUGUGAUGGAAGAUCGUGAGGGGUUAAAGAAAGAAUUGUUAGAGAUAUAUAAGAAACUAGAAACCACAGUGAAUGACUUGAAAGAGGAAAGGAAGGUAGUUGCUACUUUGAACAGGGAGCUUGAAGUUUUGGGGAGACAAAUACAAAGAGAUUCAGAAGCACGAAGAGCUCUUGAGACAGAUUUAGACGAGGCUACCAGAUCACUUGAUGAGAUGAAUAAGAGUGCAUUGUUGCUCUCGAGGGAACUAGAGAACACUAAUUCAAGAAAUGCGAGCCUUGAAGCAGAGAAAGAGAUGCUGGUCAAAUCACUUACUGAGCAAAAGAAUUUGACAAGAGAAGCCCAGGAAAAUAUUGAGGAUGCCCAAAGCCUCAUCACAAGGCUUGGGAGUGAGAGACAGAUCUUGGAAAAGAGGUCUAAAAAGCUUGAGGAGGAAUUAGGAUCUGCGAAGGGUGAAAUAUUACGAUUGCGGAGGCAGAUCAGUAUGAGCAAGGAAGCUGUUAACGAGCACCACCCAAAAACCAAUGAAGUUGCAUCUGGCACUCCUUUUACUGUGAAAAAGGCGACAAGUCGGAGGAAAAAGGGCGGGUCAACAUGAGAAGUUUCUUAAUGAAAACACAGAUCAGGGAAGGCAACCCCUUGUUUUUUGCUGUUUCAGUUCAAUGAUUUGAAAUUUUACAUUCCAAACCAUGCAUCAUGUUGUGUCAUCCUUUAAUUGAGUAAUUGUAAGAGAACUUCACUCAAUGAACUCUGGUCUUCUUUUUCUGCCAGUUCUGAUUUUUUUAAAAUGGCAUUCUAUUGUGUAAAAGUCACUGAACUGCGGCAGGAGUCGAAGGCAUAUUUCUGUUGUACAAAACUGCAUAUCAGGAUUUGAGCUGUCAAAAUGUUGGAAGAUUGUCUUUCUUACAGUGAUCUAAAGAAGACUGAACUGCAAAUUUGAAGUAGAAGAAAUUCGUAACCUCAAAAGGCUGAUGGAGCAUUCUGGUAGAGUUGAGAAAGGGAGAGACAGACCAGAUAUAAAAUCGAGCAUGGAUGGAGUGCUUUAAUAUGGGGAUAGAUGCGGGGGACAACUGACAUGUCCUAUUUUUCAUCAGAAGAAACACAAAGGUACAUGCAAUUGGCGAAGUAGAUGGGGGACUCGAUGCCAAGAAUGAGAAAAGCAGGAACCCUUGUGGCCUCCUUGUAGUGUGCUAGAUUUCUAUAGCUUUGAGUCCCUGGAACAUUCCCCAUGAUUGCAGUGUUUGGCCGGGUUACAUGUACCAAAAUUUUAAAUAUGGAGAUCACCACCUGCAGAUCAAAUAGGAAAAGUCUCUCACUCACUCACAGUUUCACACCCAAACUUGGUUCUCUUAGUGCACAUUUCUUUUAUAUAUUCUCCCACUAAGCAAAUUGGAAGACCUAUUUUAGUUUAUUUGAUAAACACAUUUAAGUGAA